UCAUGUCGAAACAAAAAGAUACCUCCUAAAAAUCAGGGUCAACACCUCAAGAGGCACGGUCAAAGCACACCAGAUGGUUUGCUACGGUUUGGACACGAUUGCUGAUGUUCAUAAAACAGCAACCCCCAAACAACUGCAAAAGUUCUUCCCAGACACCUCACUCGAAGAAUUGAGGAGACCCAAAGAAGUAAACCUCCUUAUAAGUCACCGAGAGGGUUCACUAGCACCGCAACAAGUCAGAGCUGUGGGAGACCUUGUAUUGUGGGAUGGACCUCUCGGAAAGACAGUUGGGGGAACUCAUCCAGAACUCUUUGAAGACAUUCACGUCGCUACCCACAUGUCCAAGACACAUUUCGCGCGGUCGAUGAGGGCAGCCGCCAUGAAGUACGAGGAGCUCGUUGGAGGGCCCCAUAGAGAAUCUCUGCUAAGCCAGAAGAUGUCAAGAAGUUUAACAAGUAAACGAGAUUUCCUAAACUGGUGGAAGUGGGACAGCAUUGGUGCAGCUUGUGAACCGAAGUGUGGAGGCUGCCGCUGUGGAAACUGCCAACCAGGUGGCAAAGAAAUGACUCUUGCGGAGGAAAGGGAACUGGAAUUUGUGAAAGCAGGCCUCACCUACAUCACAGGGGAUGACCACAGCAAGGAACCCCACUGGCAUGCCAAAUAUCCUUGGUUGGAAGACCCAGCCUCCUUACCGAACAACAAGAGCGCUGUUGAGGCCACCUUUCUCCGAACAGAGAAACAAUUGGCAAAAGAACCAGAAUGGAAGGCUGCGUAUGCUGAACAAGUGCAUGAGAUGGUCGCCCGCAAAGCUGCGAUGGAGUUGACCAGGGAAGAGAUCCUCACUUGGACUGGGCCCAUCUGGUAUGUAAGCCAUCUCGUUGCACCAAACCCCCACUCGGUAACAACCCCGGUAAGACUCGUCUGGAACAGCAGUCAGAAAUUUAGGGGCAGGAGCCUAAAUGACCUGCUGAUGAAAGGCCCAGACGUUCUAAACCAAAUCCGUGCUGUCCUCCUCAGAUUCAGGUGUGGAGCCUAUGCUGCUCUCGGAGACGUUAAAAAGAUGUAUAACUCCGUCUGGUUGGAGGACCAGGAAGUACACCUACAUCGAUUCCUUUGGCGUGACUCUGAAAAGGAGGAACUCAAGGAAUACGCAAUCACCCGAGUGAACAUAGGCGACAAACCAGCUGGGUGUAUCGCGCAACUAGCAAUGCGUGAAACUGCCAACCUUCCCCCUUUCGCGCACCUCAAAGAGGAGCAGCAGGUAAUCCACAAAGACAGCUAUGUUGACGACAUUCUCACCUCUCAUAACGACCCCGAACAGCUGGGAGCCAUCACGGCCAAUGUGCAGAAGAUCUUAAAAGCAGGAGGAUUUGAGCUGAAGCCUUGGGCCUUCUCGGGUCAAAGUGGGAGGAAGGACAUCCAUGCUGGCACAGAGGCGAGCACUGUGGAGACCUUGGUGUUGCCAAAUCAGAUGCGAGACGACGACAACAAGGCACUUGGGUUGGGCUACCUGGUGGAGGAAGACGAACUGCACGUGAUGAUGGGCAUCAACUUUUCAAAGAGGAGGAGAAAAAUGAGACUCGGCCAAGACCUUCUCCCCGAGCAAAUUAAAGCUGAGACACCAAACCCUCUGACCAGAAGAGAGCUGCUCAGCCAGGUGUCGAGCUUAUAUGACCCACUGGGCCUAGUCACGCCGGCUAAACAGAAAGGUGCCAUUCUUGUACGGAGGGCAUUCCAAGAGGCAAAAAAUGACAGUUGCCCCGUCAAGCUGACAUGGGACCUGGCACUCUCAGAUUGUCUCAGACAAGACGCAGUCCAUCUCUUUGAAGAAUAUUCAAGACUCAACAGGAUCAAAUUCCCCAGAGCACUAACUCCCCCCGGCGUGUCUGGGAAACCACUGGCAAUUACAUUCUCUGAUGGCAGUGAGCACACUUACGGAGCAGUACUCUACCUAAGGUGGGAGGCCAGGCAUUGUCCAAUCAUUAGACUAGUGGAGUCCAAGGCCAAAUUAACUCCCCUGGACCACAAAGGGGACGCUGUAAAGGCAGAGGUAUGUGGGGCUGUAUUCGCCUCACGCCUGAAAAAAUACUUUGAACGGCGCAGCAAGGUUGAGGUCGGAAGGUGGUACCAUUUGGUUGACAGCCAAACUGUCCUUGGAGCAAUACAGAGGGAAAGCUACGGCUACCAAACAUUCUUUGCCAACAGGAUUGGAGAAAUUCAAAACACGACGCAGAUCCAAGAUUGGUGGUGGAUUCCGGGCUCACAAAACAUUGCCGACAUAAUCACCAGAGGUGCCGGCCCAGAAGACCUGGACAAAGACUCAAGAUGGCAGAACGGGCCAAGGUUUCUCAGCCUACCGGUCAACGAAUGGCCAACAAAAACUGCAAAAGAUCUGGCCUCAACUGCCAGAGAAAACAUCCAAAAGAUGCAAAGGAAGGCAUUCGCUGCGAUAACAAGAUCCAGUAGAGAAGAGAAGCAGGCGCAAGAACCAACCCAAAGGAAGGAAACCACCAGUCACUCAAGACCACCUGCGCCAGCGUCAAUCCAGUUAGUGGAAAUCAAGCGAUUCAGCAGUUUGACCCGACUAGUAAAAACAGUUGCAUGGAUGUGGAGGGCCGCUAAGAGGUUCAGAGGACAGAAUCCAGCAGCAGGCAGUCCAAAGUGGGAGGCAAUCCCCUCAACAGGCGUCAUCUCUGCGAAAGAGCGAGAGGAUGCCCUAAGAGACGUAUUCCUUGCGGCACAAGAGGGCGCUACCUUCCCGGAUACUACUACCAACAGGUUAGUGGUCUACAAAGACGCAGACACUGGGUUGCUGCUCUGUGGCGGACGUGUGCAGAUCUUCAAAGAAGACAAAAGUGCUGUACCCCUCCUGCCGUAUGGAGCAUGGGUGUCCACAUUACUUGCUCGGGAAGCCCACGGUGAAGGUCAUGAAGGCGUAGCUGGUACCCUGCUAAAAAUGAGACGGAAGGCAUGGAUUGUCAAGGGAAGGAGAAUAGCCCAGAAGGUUGUUGACGGCUGCGUUCUUUGUAGAAAAGCAAAGGCGGUAAGAUGCCAACAAGUGAUGGGAGACUUGCCACCUGAGCGGACAGAGCCUGCUGCACCAUUCCAAUUUACGACCGUAGACCUCUUUGGACCCUACCAUGUUAGGGACGACGUCAAGAGGAGGGUAAGCCUAAAAGUCUGGGGUGCUAUAUUUUGCUGCAUGGCAAGCAGAGCCGUUCAUGCAGAGUUGGUCAACAGCUUAUCCAGUGAAAGCUUCCUUUUGGCCUACCAACGGUUCACUGCAAUCAGAGGGCAUCCAUCAAAGAUCUGGUCUGACCCAGGCACGAAUUUUAUAGGAGCAAAACCUGUCCUGGAAGAUUUAUAUAAAUUCUUGGGAAGCCAGAACAGAGAAGGUCUGGAAGAGACGGCAGCCAAGAAUGGGACAGAGUGGAUGUGGAAAAUCCACCCUGCAGACUCCCCUCAUCGGAACGGUGCUGCAGAAGCUGCCGUGCGUACCCUCAAGAGAGCACUCCAGAAUGUCUGUGGAGAUUCUAUGUUCACCUAUAGUGAGUUCCAGACAGUACUUCAGUUGGCGGCCAACCUGGUGAAUGACCGCCCCAUCGAUGCAAGAGUUCAGAGUCGAGAGGAUUGUGUCCGGUAUGUUUCACCAAACAGUCUUCUUCUUGGCCGAGCAUCGCAGAGCGGGGACCUGAAAUCAUUCGACUUUUCCAAUUACCCGUACAAAAGACUCCAAGUAAUGCAAUCGGAGGUCAACAAAUUCUGGAGAAGCUGGAGCCAAUUAGCAGGCCCCAACCUAUUCAUAAGGAGUAAGUGGCACACCACUCAAAGAAACGUCAAAAUUGGAGACAUCGUAUGGAUUGCUGACCAAAAUGCGUUGAGAGGACAAUUCAAGCUGGGCAGAGUUGUAAGCACAAAUCCAGAUGACAAAGGCAUUGUCAGAGACGUGGAUGUGAAGGUCUUCCCAAGCUACUGUGUUCCCCUCGUAAAGGCCAAGAGAACCCACCCGACCUGCGACGGACCGAGAGAGAAGAUGCACAGCACCAUUCUUCAUCGGGAUGUCAGGCGACUGGUGGUGAUACUACCUGUGGAGGAACAGACUAUUCCAACUGACCCGCAGCUAAAUGUUUGACUUCAAAAAACUGGCGAUCUCCCCGAUGUCCCUUGGGUAGAUCGAGUGGGAGGUGUCAAGUCAAACCCUUGUCCAAAAUAAUUUAGAUAAGGCAGACAAGAAAAAAAUAAAUAAAAAGAUAAAUAAAAAUAAAAAAUACUUUUCAUAGCCCUCAUUAAGGGAAUAAUAAAUUUUCGUUGCAAUUAGCACCUUAUUUUACUGAAUUAAACAAGGGAGAUCAGGUGGGGAAAAUCUAAACCGGAAGUGGGAAUCAGUUUUAAGCGCACCUGGGCGUCUGCAUUAGGGCACUUCCUUUCUCAGCAGGUAAGGCUGCAGACAAGUGGUAUCGAGAAGGUAGUCAGAACUGCACCCCAAACCUUGCGCAAACUGGAGCUAUACAACACUGAAGAGGCAGCCGGUUUUCACCUAUGCGUGCCACGCACUAUGCAUGCUAUGUGCUAUGUGCUACAACACUGCUGAGCUACACUACGCUGUGCUG